AUGGCCGAAAACACUGACGACCAGAGGCUCAAUGAUAUCCUCAGAAAAAUUCAAGCUGGCUCGAACUAUAAACUACUACCCCAAGAAAUUGCAUGCUUGACCUCAGCAUUUCUCUCCUCUAGAUCUGAUGCGUCAAACGUACGACCGAAGGCCUACGUCGUCCUAUCGGCCCUUUGUCAGGAAGCAAGGAAAACAAAAGAGAAAGGAAAAGAAAAGGAGAAUGAUGUUUCUACCAAAACGCUCACCAAAAUCUUCGCCCCCACGGUUCUGAAUUAUUUAGGAGAGACAGACGAAGCUUCGCUUAUGACAGGGAUAUGUUUCCUGACUGCUCUAUUUCAAGUAGAACCACUCGCUGCAUCUUCCCUUUUCUCAGAAGAUGGACUGGUAGAAAACAUGAUGGAUGCAGUGGAUUUGUCUCCAUCUGCUCUUCUUUGCCAGGACGUCGCUCACCUCCUUGGCCAGGCGUGCGGACAUAAAUCAUGUCGAACAAUCAUCACACCGCAAAUUGUCCGCUGGUUGGAGUUUAAAUCACAGCAAACUUCAGAUCCCGUACUACAAAGUGCCGCAUCGGUCGCUCUAAUAAAGUAUAAAAAAGGGUCGGCUACCGACAAUUCAGAGGCCGGAGCUAUCGAAGUUCGAGAUAGUCAAACCGAUGACUUGGCAAGGAAAUUGGUGGAUGUUGUUGUAACGCAAGAUGCUACGUCAUGUACAGACGCUGUGGAAGGAUUGGCAUAUGUCAGCACUGACCCAGCCGUAAAGGAGAGUCUUUCUCAAAAUUUCACCUUCCUCAAGAAACUGUUUACGCUUAUUCCCUCAUCAAAAAACAAGCAAAAACUCAUCAGCGAACAAAAUGCCACUCAGAUCUUUGGGGUUAUCCUUAUUAUUUGCAACAUAAUUAGCUUCCGACCUCGAAUCAGUGAGGAACAGAAACAGGUCGAGAAAUUAAAGCGAAUGACAAAAGCGGGGAAAGAAUUAUCAGAGGCCGCAGAGACCGCUUCAUUGCUGGACAAUGAUGAUCAUGUCAAAAAGCGCAUUCGUUUGCUCAUAGAAGCAGGUGUUCUCCCCGUUUUCUCAUCAGCUAUUGCAGCAACAGACUCAGCAGGAGUACGGCUCAAUGUUGGAAAGUGCCUAUUGAGUAUCGUGGAGGAAAAAGAAAAUAGGGGGAAGGUAUUGCAGGCUGGAGGUGCUAAAGUGUUACAUAGCAUCAUCAAGCAAGUUUUGUCGUCAAACCCGGAUAUCGCUAGACAAAACCAGCCGAAUCUCACUCCUGCGGAUUUGGAAGCUAUUCAGGCAUUAGCCAAACUCGCCAUAACUUCUUCGCCUGUUCAAGUUUUUGGUCCCAAUGUCGGUAUGAUAUAUGAUGCCAUUCGACCACUAUCCUGUUUGCUACAAAACAGUGGAUCGAAUUUAUUGCAGCAGUUUGAAGCUAUAAUGGCUUUAACCAAUUUGUCGUCCCAUAGUCCCGAAGUGGCAUCCCGCAUCGCUGCCGCCAAUGGUCUUUUGAAUAAAGUGGAGUUAUUACUCCUCGAAGAACACACACUCAUCCGGAGGGCCUCGACUGAGCUCAUAUGCAAUCUUAUUGCCGGAUCUGACGAGGCAUUUCAACGCUACACCGGAGAUUCCCCGAACUCUGUGAACAAAAUCCAUAUUCUUUUGGCUUUGUCUGACGAGAAUGACUUACCUACGCGGAUGGCCGCCUCAGGAGCGUUGGCGACAGUGACUAUGACUCCUACAGCAUGUAACGCGCUACUAGCUCUCCAAUUUGAGAAGCACCGCUUUUUGUCCCUGAUGACGCAGCUAAUUGACCCUUCAGUCCUCAAAAAAGACGGUAAUGAAGAAGACGAAGCGCCUUUAGCGACCGAUCCUGGCCUUGUUCACCGUGGAAUCGUUUGUAUUCACAAUGUUUUCAAGAGCAUCAAUGACACUCAGACCCGAGAAAAAAUUCAGAAAGAGGCGGCAGACAGCGGUUUAUUGCAAGCAAUUGGUAACCUAAUAAAAGGUCAAGGCGUUGUGAAAGACCAAGUGAUUUUACAUCAGGCUGCGGAAGCACUUCAGGCACUGAUAGGAAGUAAAUGA